AUGGCAGCCUUGGGGCUGGAUCAAGUCUUGAAUUUGGCCCAGCAGUAUGGCGCCAGAGAUGCGUUGGAGCCAAGAGCACCAGCCGUAGCAGUCGCCAGGGGGGGGGGUCGCAGACCAGGUGGGGGAGGCCUGGGGCGGCACAACCGAGCCCGAGGUGCGGAGGCUAGACAAAGAGGGGCUCGCUGGGCAAGGAAGCAGAAACAACUUGUUUUGCAGAGCAAGUGCUUCAACAAGACCGGCCAUGCCCGAACAGCAGAUCAUCGGCUACCAAGCCAACAAGACUUGAGUCGGCAGAGUGUGGCAGGCAAAGGGAAAUGGAAGACUUGGACUCCAGAAGCGAUCUUGCGCGCAGGCUUUGGGCAGGAAACUGCAACUUAUAGGCAGAUAGCAAACGAAGUGGAGGGUGCUUCCUGCAGUCAGGCAAGGGCCGCUAGAUUUGCGUGCGCUGCCGCAGUGUGCAAGUCUCAGGCAGAGAGCUGUGAGAAAGUGGUGGCAGAGGCUUCAGAGGAACCCCUCAGAUUCUUCAUUCAAAAUUUGAUGUUUGACGAGUCAACCUUUGACCUGAGAGUCGGCAAGGAUGCCGCCAACAGUUGCUCUGUUCUGUGCUCGCACUCUCAAUGGACAAUGGGCUUUGCCCCCUCUUUGGAAAGUGCCAGGGACGCCGUCCGGGAUGAGCGCAUCGUCAUGGCAGGCCAACUUGCGAGAAAAUUGAUUUUGCCAUGGCAGCAGUAUCCUUGGUGUUUAUGGCCGCUGGCCUUGAAAGACGCAAGCCAAGAAGACCGCAGGUCAUGUGCUAAAGCUUUACUCAACAGUAAGCCUUGCUGUCUGGACAGCGGUUUUUCACAGCGGCUCAAGCGCAUACACCGCACAGAAGAAGAACUCUUGAACUCGCAGCUCCAAGUCUUUUUGCAAAAAGUUUUCGAACGUGUUGUGCCAACAUCAACUUUCAUUGAGCGGCGGUUCGCCCAGUUUGCCCAUUGGAGCGACCAGCAGCCCAAGCUUGGCACUUUGGCAGCCAAGCACGUGACUAGUUUCUGCAAGGGCGCUGCCCAGGCUUGGAAACAAAACCACCCGCAGCACCAGAAGCGAAAUCAUUUGUCUCGUCCUGACUGGGUAGAACAAAAGCAAGGAAGCCGAACCACAGGAUACAAUGUAUUUAUGUCUGAGUUCAGGAAGAACUAUUCAGCGCAGCAAGUGGCUGGAGAUGAAGGGAGGCAAACCUUUGUUCAAGAGGCUACAGCUGCUUGGAGAAGACUUUCUCCCGGAGAGAAAGCGCCUUACAGUUUCAAGGCGCGUGGGCUGAACAGUCUGCGCAGCAGAAGCUCCCAGAUGUCAGACAACGAGGCUGGCCCUGAAGGCCGAGAGACUGGCGGCUUGUGGAACACAUGCCUGCUGCAAGACAGAUGGCCGCUCCGAGUUGAUCUGUUGGAAGCUGCCAUGGGGGAAGGGAUUGUGGCUUUACGAAAGAUCUCAUCGGCUUGGGAAGAGGAGCAUGCAAUGCUGGUGGAGGCGGAAGAUGAUCUGCCAGAUGUGAGUGAUAACUUGUUUGCUGUGUGCCCGCAUGGUGGAUGUGAGGAGGAGCUGCAGGCAGCGCAGCGUCCAGUCUUUCGGGAAAUCCACGAUGACUUGGUCACUGCUGUCCGGGUGAUUGAGCCUUUGAAGCGGGACUUGUCUGCUCACCCUUUGGUUUUGGAAUGGCACUCAUUGUCAUUGCAGAAGAGAAGGUUUGCUGUGGUCGCUUUUCACAUCCGCAAGCCUCCUUGGGACAUGGUCCUUCUUGAGCUGGAGGAAGCCGGGGACUCCGAAGAGCUUCCUUUUUGCUUGGCAGUGCAGCUGGGCAGGCAAUCCAUUCAUUCUGACAUUGCAUUUUGCCAUGAGCUUGCCCGAGCCGCGUCUGACUGGGUCUUGUUUCGCUUGUCCAUUGGAGAUCUGACCGUGGACUAUGGCAUUUUCCAAGCCGCAGAGCGCAAGGAACUGAGCCGAUCCGAGUUGAGACAAGCUGCUGCUGAAAUGAAGCAAGUUAUGCUCGCAGCAAAAGCAGCCAAGCUUGCCCAAGGUUUGACCGCAAAUAAAAAAAGGAAAAGCAGAAACUCCAACAAACGAAAAAGCAAAGGCAAGCGGUCGCAGACCCUGGCUCCAGAUGUUUCGGACAUGGAGUGGAAUUCUGCCUCUGAAAGCGGGGGCUCCGCUUCUGACUUUGGGGCAGACACCGGCAGUGUUGCAGCGCCUGCUUCUUCGUCCGCUGGACCGGCUCGCAGGGGCUCAGCUUCAGACUUUGCGGCAGACACCAGCAGUGUUGCAGCGCCUGCUUCUUCGUCCGCUGGACCGGCUCGCUCUAAGCGUGUCAAGCAGUCUCGGUCCAUUCCCUGGGGUCCAUUCCAAAUCGCGCCGAUUGUUCCGGCCGCUGGCCACAGUGGUUGGGGAGCCAUCUGCGGACAGCAUUGCGACCGAGGAAACAGUUUGUCUUGCAAGAAAGCUAUGAACCGUGGGUCGCUGACCGAUGCGGAAUGCGUCUUGCGUUUGAAGAGGUGGCUCUUGGCAGGCCAUUCAGACCAGAACUGGCCAGUUCACAGGCGACGGUCGCACCAUGUAGAGCUGGGUGGGAAAGGUCUGCAAGAUUUCGCACAGGGAAUGUCUGAGGAAGCUAUGGAUGCUUUGGUCGCUUCCUGGUUUUGA